GGCAGCACACAUUCUUCUCCACGUGCACGAGCAGUGAGUGAGCUGUACGCUCGCACACACGCUGCGUGGUAGUCAUCACAAACGGAGAAGCAAUGUGGCUUUCCUGAUCGAUGGGAGUAGUGGUAUGAACGCGUUUGGAGACCAUUUCACGUGUCUCUCUUGGAUGGAUUCAGCCUCCUCCCAAUACGCCUGACUGGAGCUGAGCUGUGAGAGGAGGGUCUCCAGCCAGGGAGACAAGAUGGCCACCACCACCACCACCCCCCUGCGGAGCUUCUCCAUCCUGCCUUGCUUCAUCUUCGUAGAGCUGGUCAUCAUGUCCGCCACGGUGCUGCUGGCUUACUACCUGGAGUGCACAGACUUGUUCGGCGUGCACGUGCAGGGCUUUUUCUGUCACGACCCCGAGCUGUUGAAGCCCUACCCCGGGUCGGACGAGGUCAGCUUCGUGCCUCCCCUCCUCCUGUACUGUGUGGUGGCCGCCACGCCCACCGCCAUCAUCUUGGUGGGCGAGGUUUGCAUGUACGUGAUGCGCUCCACCAGGGACGCUCUCCUGGUCCAGGAGAGGACCAUCGUGACCGGAGACUGCUGCUACCUCAACCCUCUGGUCCGCCGCAUCAUCCGCUUCAUAGGUGUGUUUGCCUUCGGUCUGUUCGCGACGGACAUCUUUGUUAAUGCGGGCCAGGUGGUGACGGGCGGUCUGUCUCCCUACUUCCUGUCCAUCUGCAAGCCCAACUACACGGGCGCCGACUGCCGUUUACACCAGCAGUUCGUCGCCCAUGGCAACGUGUGCACGGGCAGCGCAGCGCUGGUGGAGCGUGCACGCCGCUCCUUCCCCUCCAAGGAUGCCGCACUCAGUGUGUACGCCGCCGUCUACCUGACGAUGUACAUCACCAGCACCAUCAGGACCAAGUCCAGCCGGCUGGCCAAGCCUGUGCUGUGCCUGGUCACGCUGUGCUCCGCCUUCCUGACCGGCCUCAACCGCGUGUCCGAGUACCGCAACCACUGCUCGGACGUCCUGGCCGGUUUCGUCCUGGGCACGGCCGUCGCCCUCUUCCUGGGUGUGUGUGUGGUGAACAACUUUAAGGGCGUCCACGGUGCUGUCACUCAACAGAAGACUGAAGAUUACCGCGGUCUCCCCUUAAUGACCUUCCCACGGGUGGAGAGUCCUUUGGAAACCCUUAGUGCUCAGAAGAAAUAGCGCUCUUUGAAAGACAAACACCUUGGAGAGGGAGAGAGGCUUUCAUGAGAGUUCAUCCCUGCACACAGACAGCCUCCCUCUGUUAUUCUGCUCCUCAUCUGCACACACAAACACAGUAGGGCGAGCAGCAGCCCAGACGUCUGCCCCUUGUUGUGUGGUGAUAACUGGUAAUGGAUGGGAGUUGGAGGACACACAACCUCCUCUGUUCAUUCCUCGUGUUGCUCCAACGCUCCCCCCUGGUUAAAAUAGUCUUAUUCCUCUGCUCUCCAUCCAUCAAGAUGAUCUCCCAGGCACACAGACAAACACGAACUGAGGACCCUUUGAAUUGACCGCAAUGCCAAUUCCUUACUGUAUUGACAUGAGUUGUUUCCCCCGUUUCUUCCGCCCUCCAUUUGUUUACUUCAUUAUCCAUCACUCUUAUCUUUCUCUUUCAAUUGUACACCUCCUCUCUUUCACCCACACCAUCACUCGCCCCUCCUCCUCCUGACCUUCAGAACCACUCGGCGUCGAUGACGGAGGUCACAUGACUAAGGGGUCAGCACCGGGUCACGUUUGCGUCUCCGCAGCACUUCCAGACCCAAUGAGGUGGACGCACGGCCGCGUGGCUCUGACUGCUAACCCCGCUGAUCGGCUGACCCCAGCAGAACGCUGGAGAAACCCUACACCCCACAGGGUUAAUACCCUGUGGGGAGGAGAACAUACGGCACGUUUUAGAAUGGUUUCAAACUAGCUCACAAGCUAUCUUAGCUAACAAACUAACUUUGCCCACAAACGAGCUUGUUAGUUUGUGCAGUUCACAAAGAAGUUUAGCUUACUAAUUAGCUUGGUUCACAAAUUAUCUUAGCAUAGUCACCAGCUUAUUUAGAAAACAAACUUAUCACACAAAGUAGCUUAGCUCAUAAGCUUGUUUAGCUCCCUUUGCUAGCCUGCCAAGCUGAACCCUUUGCAUCGAGGAGAAACAAUUGACUCAAGAAGAAUUCAACAGUGGUUGUCGGGUUCGGGCAAGCAUUUUUAAGGAUGUGUAGGUAGGAUAUAUACAAACACAACCACCUCUUGCCAGCUAAACCAACAAUAAUGAAUAAUUUGAGCAACAGAACCACACUAGCAGGUUUUGGUAUACCUUUGCUUUUCUCCCGCUUUGCCUCUGGACCUAGCGUACAGAUCGUACAGUUUAAACAUAUCAUAUCUCAACAAUCUAACUAAUGGUGGGGGGUCUGUUGGCUAUCCACAUUUCCUUAAAAUCCUGCUCAGAUCUUGGUGUUGGCCGCUGAAGCAAUUUUUGUAAAGUGCCCCUAUUAAACCUCCAGGGUGAAAUUGAUUAGCAAUUACAAGCCAUGUAAAAAUCUAAUAUUCUUUGUCAAUCCAGAUGCAUGAUGGAUUGAUCAGACCAGACCAGUUUGUACAAUCCGCUCAAUAAACUGGCAGGUUGCUCUAUAUCUUUCAUAUAUCUGGGUAGACUCCCACUUUUGAUGUCACAAAUGGGUGACUUUUGUAAUGGCUUGUGAAGGCCAAUAGAUUUUCCAAAUGGGGGCUCUUUAAGUCCCUUGAAACCAUUUGAAACCUGGAGUCGUCUGCUUCCCGUGUCGGUGUGAAUAUUUGUAGUUAGGAAAAAAAAACAGUGUUUUGUACAUUUUGUAAGAGCGAGUGCUGUAGCCAAUGUUGACAGUGUCACAGUUACACACUUCCUGUCAGCUGACUCACACUGUUCGGCAUCAAAUCCUGCCAGGUGACCUGCCUGUUUGCUCCCCCAUCAUCUUGUUCCCUGUGGCACGAGAAUAACAAUACUGUUUGUUAAACGUUGAUGUUGUCUUGUGAUGUUACUCAUUUGUACAGAAUAAUAAGAAAAUGUAUAUUGUUUCCGUUUUUUUUUCAUUGACUGACUGUGUCUGGGUCAAUUUUUGUAAAAAAAAAAGUCAGUCUGUAUGAUUAUCAUUAUGAUCUGUUUGGACCUGCUUGCCUGCUGUAAACAUGGAUAUGUUAUGGUAUCACACUUGCUGUUCAGGGCAUGAGUCCCUGUUCUUCGAGUGAGGAAAUGGGGAAAUAAUACGAAGGGGUCUAUUAACGAUGUCACCAUGGGGCGUGGAAACGACAGCCAUUUUACUCUUCUCAAUCCCCUAUAGUCAGGAUUGAGUGUGAGUUCCAGCCAAUUCCCCAUAGUGAAACAUCGCUAAAGAGCCUUUCCUUAUCCACCAUUUCCUUCUAAAACCCUCCACCCCUCUCCCCAGCGCACCAGUGGAUUGUAACACUGUUGUGAUUCCACUUCCUGGUUUGUCCCUAUUGGACGCUUUACCUAGCAUGAGGGAAGGAGAAAAAUAUGUUUAUAGAUAUGUUUCAUGAUUUGAAUACUGUUACAAUGAUCAUUGUCAAAUGAGUGUCACUUUUUUUUUCUAAAAAUAAAAGAAAUGCAUUUCUUUUUUAAAUGCUACAUAUAUUUAUUUUCUUCGGUUCGUCCACAAAUGAAAUAGUCUGUAGCCAAAAUGUGUGGCUAUCUCUUCUUCUCCCAAACUUGACAUAUCAUUCGGUAAUUCAACAUGUUUUCUGCAUCCACUUCAGGGCAGGGCUUAAUGUAGGGGCUGAAGGGUGAAGGGUGUUUAUAGACAGGUGAAGGACUGAAGGGUGUGUAUCAUCAGGUGAGGGACCGAAGGGUGUGUAUGAACAGGUGAAGGACUGAAGGGUGUGUAUGGAAAUGGAAUUUUAAUUUGCUGCAAUAAAUUAUGUUGUUGACUUCUAA